AUGACCUCGGCCUUGUCUGCUACUCUGCCGAUCCCCGAAGGGAAAUCGGCACGUCCCACUCUCGCCACACAUACAUCCCCGCCAAACGCGCCUCCCCCUCCGUUCCCAGAGGAUGCGAGAUCCAAUUCUCGCCCCUUUGAUAUCUAUGCAUCUUAUCAACGCGCACUAUCCGAUCCGGAGAUAUCGGCACCUUUGGCAGCGAUUCUUUCACUUACAGAAUUGGUUUCUAAAUCAGAAGCCGGAACUAUGUUCGAACUCGUCAAAGCCCUCAACGAUGGCGCGGAGGCACUGAGGACCCAAAUUCCCAACCCGAUCGGUCUCAACGCAGGCUCUGAACUCUUCAUUGCGUUUGUAACGCUCUUCCCUCACGCCGCGGCGAGCUUCCCGGAACUCAAGAAAGAGCUAAUUGCGGAGCUCUCCCUCGGGUUCAUCAAGGACGACUCAGUCAUAUUGACACAUUCUUACUCGCGAGUCGUCAUGCAGACAUUAUUGUUGGCUCAUAAGCGCAAGAGAAUAUCCGUCUACGUGACUGAGGCGCGGCCUCGCGGACUGGGGAUCAAAACAUACGAAGAGCUCACGGCAGCGGGCAUCCCAUGCAUCGUGGUUCUCGACUCUGCCGUGGCGUAUGUCAUGGAUAAAGUCGAUUUCGUACUCGUGGGCUCCGAAGCAGUCGUCGAAAGCGGCGGCCUCGUCAACGCGGUCGGUAGCAAUCAGAUGGCCGUCAUCGCAAAAGCAGAGAACAAGCCGUUCUACGCCCUGGCGGAGAGUUAUAAGUUCCAUCGGCUGUUCCCCCUAUCGCAAUAUGACCUGCCGACACAUAGUGCGGAGAUUUUAUCCUUUGCCCAACCGGUCCUCGACGCCGGGAGCACGGCGUCUCGUCCGCUCGCGGAGUCCGCAUCCCACGGCGGCCCGGUUACACCAUCGAUUAAGCCUGCUCCGGCAACAGUCGGCUCUAAAGCCGCUGCCGCUGGCACUGUUCAACGUACCAUGAGCCUCGAACAAAUCGCCAAAAAUCCCGGUGUAGAUUACACUCGGCCAGACCUCAUAUCUCUAGUGUUCUCGGACGUCGGUGUGCUCACUCCCGAGGGCGUCAGCCAGUAUCUAGUCGGGAUGUUCGCCGGGUGA